AUGUCUUCUCAACUUCAGGACGUUGCUACCGUCGCGACACCCGUCGCCGAGCAAGACAUUGUUUUCCAUGUCACAGAGGAUUACAGAAUUUCCUACUGGACCAGCAAGACUCAGGACGAGACCCAGGAUGAGCAGUACAACUCUGAAAACCUGAAAGUCGAGGGGAACUAUGUCUAUGUCAACAAGGAGCUGCCUAUUCUUGCUGCCGUUGCUUACAAGAAUGGAUCAGAGCAGGAUGUGGUCCGUGUCUUCUACGUCGACCAGUCAAAGCUGGAACUUCGCGAACUUAGCCGUGUUGGGAAGCCCGGCUCCAAGUGGUCGCAUGGCCAAGUCUUGAAGAGCAAGUCGGUCGACAUUGCACCCAAGAGCGGCUUGACUGCAAACGUAGUCGAGACUAACAACCAGGUCCAGCUCAAGGUCUUCUACCAGAAGAGGACUGAUGAGCUGAGCGUUUCUUACAGCGUGUUGGCUGUUGACAAGACCUGGAGGAUCAAGGACGACUGGUCCAACCGCGCCAAUGUUACCAACUGA